UAAAUACUUAGGAAAACACAAAAUUAAACAAAAAAUCAUGAAGAAGUCUAUUGCCAUUCCCAUUCUUUGUACUCUUCUUCUGGUAGCUUUACUUUCUCCAUCCAAAGGGGAUCUCAAGUUUUGCCCAACAACAAUGCAAAUAUCAGGAUCAUGUGGUCCCAAUGGAGCUUUCGAAUGUUUUGAAGCCAUUAAUGCAAAGUAUGGAGCUUCCGCAAUGGCGCAAAGGUGUUCUUGUAAAGAUUUGUCUGCUAGUGAGCAUCUUUGUCAAUGUUAUAUUGUUUGUCAAUAAUUGUAAUUAUCUUUAAACCUCAUUUACGGGUUGCCAUAAUAAAAUAAGUAGUACAAUUUAAAAAUA